CUUCUUCUUUCAGAAGCCCCAGUCAGCAUGGCCAAAAGUCAGGAAUUCUGGGAACUGAAGUCCAAAACACCUGGAAGACUAAAGUUCGGAAACCACUGGAAUAAACUAAGGGUUUAUUUCAAGGUGGCAAAGAGACUGACCACAAUUUAUGGAGAAACAGGUGUUUUCUUCUUCCUUGACAACAAGGACCAACUCAAGUCCUUUUAAGAGUGAAGUGUAUAGUGAAAGGCUUUGACAUCCCUAUGACACAAUAAUGGUGACAGUAUUCCUCAAUGGCAAGAGAUGUUUUGACUCCUCACAAGAGAAAGGAGAGAGAAGUUGAAGGAAAGUGAGGAUGCUGGAUCCAAUUCAUGCUGAGAAGGAGAGCAUCUAGCUUCCCUUUAAAAAGGGACAGAAUUAAAAUUAAACUAAAAGAGGCAAUAAGAGAGGAAGAGUUUGGCUGAAACCACCGAAAAGAGUGCUGGAGUGAAAAGUAACAUUUCAUCAUGGAGACAGACUUGAUUUUCCUGCAGGGGCUCACCCUCAUGAUAGCAACUCAGGGCAGGAUAAUGACCCGAAAGUAUAUCAGCUCGCUGGGACCCCGGCUUUUCCUGCUGGAGAUGUUGUCUACUUUCCAGCUGUGCAGCUGCUUUAACAUCCUGCGCCCUUUGACUGAACUGGAACCCAAGCCCCAGCUCUAUCUUGGUCACCUUUAUUCCUUCGCUGCUCUCCAUUUCUACUUGACCCAGAAUGAGAACACGAGCAACCCUGCCACCAUUUUGGUCUACAUCCUGCGGAAAGGCAUCUCGAUGAAGCUGGGCACGCUGAAGAUCGUGGCCCAGUUCAUCGGCGCGUUCUUGGCCAUGUUCUAUCAGAAUGUGCUCUGGGCAGUCAGGACCAGUACUUUGCUCUCCAACCCCCACAUCUGCAGCCAUCCUCUCCAGACAGAUCUAUUUAAGGCCUUUUGCACGGAGCUGAUAACCUCCUUCCUGUUCCAGCUUGCCGCACUGAAGUCGCAGCUGCAAGAGCUCCGUGUCCGAGCCAAUGUGCUGGCCCUCGCCAUCUCCUCCUUGAUGUAUGCAGCCAGCAGCAGGGCUGUCCCUUCCUGCCGGGGCGAGAGCCACGAGUGCGGACGCCUUGCUCCAGGGCCACCUGUUGCUGUUCUGGAGCCUCCUCCUCCUCCUCCUCCCUUGGGCAGCCCAAUUGGGAAGAAGCUUCAGCCCCUCUCUCUCUCUCUUUCCUCCUCCAAGAACCGGGGCUCUCCAUCGUCUGCGCGGAGCCGCCGUCGGAGCCGGAGCUGGGAAGCCAAAGGAGGCGAGGAAGAGGCCAGGAGCCCCAGCCGCCCUCCUUUCCCGGGACCCGCUUCCCUCCAGGAGCAGUUCCGAAAGGCCCUCCAUUUUAGGCAGCCGGGAGCAGGUCCUCCUCCCUGGCCUUUCCUUGGCAGGCAGCUCUGGGAGAAGCAGGCGAGGCUCUGGCCCUGGGCUGCUGCUUCUCUGCUGCUCGGAGGGUCUGUCUGGGUGUUUGUGUGA